AUGCCGCAAGUGAAAAGCGUUGCCAUCAUCGGCACGGGGCCGGCUGGGGCUAUUGCUGUCGACGCUUUGGCGCAGGAGAAAGCUUUCGACCGAAUUCGUAUUUUCGAGCGACAGGAGAAGGCGGGUGGAUGCUGGGUGGCACGACCAGAGGAGAAAGCGGUCCCUCUGGAUGUUGAGAAGCUCUCAGCAAGAAUGGCUGAUGCCCCGCUUCCGAUCCCUGAAACUCUUCCCCAGUCUACGCCGGCAUCAUCGCAACAUCGCUUUACUGACUCUCAUGUCUACCCCAAUCUGCAUACCAAUGUGGAUGCUGCCACCAUGGGGUAUUCCCUGGAACCGAUCCCAGUUGUUCGCUCUGAAUGGUCAAUUGGGCUUCACGGGCCCGACACACCGUUCCGCCAUCAUACGGUGAUUCGGCAAUAUGUCGAGGAUCUUCUCAAUCGUAACGGCUACCAAGAUCUGGUUGAGUACAACACCACUGUAGAAUCCGCCGUGAAAGAUCCUCAGUCUGACAAAUGGGUCUUGACCCUCCGACGAGCGGGCAAGCCUGGAGGAGAAGACUAUUGGUGGAGCGAAACCUUUGAUGCCUUGGUUGUUGCCUCGGGGCAUUUUGCAGUACCAUAUGUACCGGCCAUCCCAGGUCUCAAGGAUUUCGUAGAGAAGUACCCCGAGAAUGUCUUACACACAAAACAAUAUCGUGGUCCAGAACAACUUCGAGGCAAGGUAAGCGUUAUCAAAGUCAUCACGGUUGGAGCCUCGGUGUCUGCGGCAGACACUGCUGUUAGCUUGAUCGGUUCUGCUCAGUCACCCAUCUACGCCGUUGUUCGUGGCAAGUAUAAUCCCUACUUUGGAGACGAAGCAUUCAAGCAUCCUCAGAUCGAGCGGCGGCCGCCGAUCGCGCGUGUCUCCUGCGAAAACGGAGACCGCACUGUUCAUUUCGAGGACGGGACCUCGGUCUCAGGCGUCGAUUAUAUUAUCUUUGGCACGGGCUUCACUUGGACAUUACCAUUCUUGCCCAGCAUCCCGAUGAGAAACAACCGCAUUCCCGAUGUGUAUCUCCACGUCUUCCAUCGGCAGGAUCCAACUUUAAUGUUUAUUGGAGGUGUUGGCGCCGGAUUGACUUUCAAGGUCUUUGAAUGGCAAGCUGUGGCAGCAGCGCGGGUGCUGGCAGGCAAGGCUCAGCUACCGCCGCACGAAGAGCGACAAAAAUGGGAGCAGGAUCGGAUCGCAAAGAAGGGCGAUGGGCCGGGCUUCUUGAUGAUUAAUCCCGAGUUCGAGGAAUACUUUGAACAGCUCCGACAGCUGGCAGGCGAGCCGAAAGAGGGCGAGCCGGGGCGUAGAUUGCCCCCGUUCGAACAAUCCUGGGUGGACUUGUUCAACGCAGGCCACGAGCGCCGGAUCGAAAUGUGGAAAAAGGCCAAUGCGACUGCAGCAGGAAGCAGGCUUAGUAUCAUCACUACAGCCUUUCCUCUGGGCAAUGGACGGCUAGGAGGUAUGUUCGCUUAUACCGGUGGUAAUCUGAAUGUCUCCAAGGCCGACGCUUUGCCCGGGAUCAGGGAAUGGAUCUUUCAGAACGGAACCGGCAAUGUGACUGCUCUCUAUGGAGAUUUCCCGGACUACGGCUCCUACCAGGUUUUGGGCAAUUUGACCAUUGAUCUGGGAGGCUUGGGGGCUGUGUCCGAUUACCGGCGCAGCCUCGACUUGGAGUUGGGCGUUUACCUGGAUCAGUUCAAGACUGGCAAUGUCGACAUCACCAGAGAAGCGUUCUGUUCGUAUCCGGAUCAAGUCUGUGUCUAUCGACUAGCAUCUAACCGAUCCUUGCCGGCAAUCACUUUCGGGCUGGAGAAUCAGCUCUCGUCUCCGACCCCGAAUGUCACCUGCCAAGGCAAUAGCAUCAGUCUGUACGGAGUCACCGCGCCUACCAUCGGCAUGAUCUACAAUGCCCGAGCGACGGUAGUUGUGCCGGGAGCGAAAUCAUCGAGCAACUACUGUUCACGAAACAACGCCACCGUCAACGUUCCAAAAGGUCAACGUGAGGUAUUCCUCAUCUUCGCCGCCGGCACCGACUACGAUGCGUCCAAGGGCAACGCUGCGGCUGGAUUCUCAUUCCGGGGGGAAGACCGCUACAGGCAAGUGCUGCAGACAGCGACAAGCGCCGCCAAAAAGUCGUACUCGGCAUUGAAAUCAGCGCACCUGAAAGACUUCCAAGCGCUCUCGGGCACCUUCGAGCUCUCCCUGCCAGACCCGAACAACUCCUCCAGCAAGCCAACCACGGAUCUGAUCAACUCCUACACGUUGCCCGGGGACCCAUUCGUCGAGAAUCUGCUAUUCGACUACGGUCGAUACCUCUUCAUCUCCUCCUCGCGACCGGGGAGUCUGCCGCCCAACCUGCAGGGCCUUUGGACGGAAUCCUACUCGCCUGCGUGGAGCGGCGACUACCACGCCAACAUCAACCUGCAGAUGGCGCACUGGGCCGUGGACCAGACGGGUCUAGGGGACUUGACGGAGCCGCUGUGGCGAUACAUCACGGAGACGUGGAUGCCGCGGGGGGCGGAGACGGCGGAGCUGCUGUACGGGGCCAGCUCGGGCUGGGUGACGCACGACGAGAUGAACACCUUUGGCCAUACGGCCAUGAAAAACGACGCGCAAUGGGCCAACUACCCCGUGUCGAACGCCUGGCUCGCCCACCACGCGUGGGACCACUUCGACUACACGCAGGAUGCAGCCUGGUACGAGGAGACGGGGUAUCCGAUCCUGGCCGGGGUGGCCGAGUUCUGGGUCUCGCAGCUGGUGGAAGACGAAUACUUCCACGACGGCACCCUGGUCGUCAACCCGUGUAACUCGCCGGAACAUGGCCCAACCACAUUCGGCUGCACGCACUACCACCAACUUCUCACCGAACUCUUCACCCACGUCCUCACCACCCUCCCCGAAACCAACACCCUGCACACCACCCUCUCCAAAACCCUCCCCCGCCUCUCCCCCGGCCUCAUCAUUGGGAGCUGGUCCCAAAUCCAAGAAUGGAAACUCGACCUCGACGCCCCCAACGACACCCACCGCCACCUCUCCAACCUCUACGGCUGGUACCCGGGCUCCUCCAUCUCGAGCCUGCACUCCUCCAACCGCACCGUCACUGAUGCGGUAGCAACAACCCUAUACUCCCGGGGCAACGGCACCGAGGACCAAAACACGGGGUGGGCGAAGGUGUGGCGCAGCGCGUGCUGGGCCGGCCUCAAUGAUACCGUAAACGCAUACGCGGAGCUGGCCCUCGCCCUCCAGGAGAAUUUUGGGGAGAAUGGGUUGAGUCUGUACGGGGGGAGUGUGCCGUUCCAGGCGGAUGCGAAUUUUGGGGUCGUCGGGGCGGUGCUGGAGAUGUUGGUGCGGGAUAAGGAUCUUAGUUAUCAGCGGUUGGAUGCAGCACAGAACGGAGGGAGGGGAGGGGGCGUGCAGGAGGUGGUGUUGGGGUCGGCGAUUCCGGAGGCUUGGGGAGGGGGGAAGGUGAGUGGAGUGAGGGUUCGAGGGGGUGGGAGGGUGGGUUUUAGGUGGGAUGCGGAGGGGGUGGUGGAUUGGUGUGAGUUUGAGGGGGCAGGGAGGGGCGAGGGGUUGGAGGAGAAAGUGGGGGAUCUUCCCUUAUUGCUUACUGCGCGACUUUACCCGGUCCUAUAUCCGGUCUACAUCCUGUACCUACUUCACCUCUGA